AUGGUUCUACCAUCAUCAUAUAAAGAAUCAUUAAAUGAUUUCCCAAUUCGACAAAUGAUUAUAAUUUGUAUAAUUCGAUUUGCUGAACCAUUAGCAUUCACCUCAAUUUUCCCGUAUAUAUAUUUCAUGAUUCGAGAUUUCCAUAUUGCCAUUAAAGAAGAAGAUAUAUCACAAUAUUCCGGUUAUAUUGCAUCAUCAUUUGCCAUUUGUCAAUUUUUAUUUGCUAUACAUUGGGGGACCAUGUCAGAAAAAUUAGGUCGGAAAUUGAUUUUAAUCAUUGGAUUAUUAGGCACAUCAAUAUCAUUAUUAUUAUUUGGAUUUGCGAGGAAUUAUUAUUGGGCAUUAAUUGCUCGUUGUUUAGCCGGGGUUUUAAAUGGUAAUGUUGCUGUGUUAAGAACUAUGAUUGGAGAAAUUGCUGUAGAGAAACGUCAUCAACCUUUGGCAUUUCUGACUAUGCCUUUAUUAUUCAAUUUUGGGGCAAUUAUAGGUCCGGCAAUUGGUGGUUCAACUUAUUUGACUAAACCAAAAGAAAAAUCACCAUAUGAAGAGAAAGAAGAUAAAAAUAUUUACCAGGUGGUGGAUGAUUGGGAUAUUUAUCAAAUUUAUCAACAAUUUCUUGAUAGAUUUCCUUAUGCUUUACCAAAUAUUGUUGUGGCAUUGAUACUUUGGUUUAGUUUAGGUUGUGGGAUAUUAUUUUUAGAAGAAACCCAUGAAAUUCAUAAAUAUCGUCGAGAUUAUGGUGUUGAUUUAGGUGAUUGGUUAUUAAGUAAAGUUGGGAUUUCAACUCCAUCCAGACCAUGGCAUAAUAGAAACUAUCACCACCCAAUUUCACAUAACAAUUUUGGUGACAAUGUUGGUGAAACAACAGCGUUAUUACAGGAAAUUGAAGGUGAAGAUGUAUUUCCUGAAGCUGAUCCAGAAUCUAUCCCAUUACCUGCUCCUCCUCCACAACAACAGCCGUUGUCCAAACCUUCUUCAAUUGCAUUUACACCAAAAGUAAUUGGUGUAAUUACUGGGAAUUUCAUUAUAUCAUUACAUAGUGUAGCUUAUAAUGAAUUCUUACCGAUCUUUCUAGCAUCAAGAUUUCAACCAAAAUCUUUAAAAUUUCCAUUUCAAAUUGUUGGAGGUAUGGAAUUAGAUACAAAUUAUAUUGGAACAUUAUUUUCCUCAACGGGGAUUAUGGGGAUGUUAAUUGUCUUGGUAUUAUUCCCAUUAAUAGAUUCUAAAUUAGGUACAAUUGGUGGAUAUAGAUUGAGUGUAUCGAUUUUCCCUUUAAUUUAUUUAAUUAUCCCCUUGACAAUAUUCACAUUACAUCAAUAUAACGAUUGGUUUCCUAAUUGGACUACACCAAUUUUACUUUAUUCAUUAACGAGUUUGAAAACAUUGGCUAGUAGUACGGGAAUGCCUCAAGUUACGAUUUUAAAUCAUCGAGCCGCAGUAAAAGAACAUCGUGCCUAUGUGAAUAGUGCAAGCAUGUCGAUUGUUUCCUUAUCGAGAUUUUGUGGACCAAUGAUAUUUGGUUAUUUGAUGAGUUUGGGUGAAAAGUAUCAAAUUGGGUGGUUGAUUUGGUGGAUAAUGAGUGGAUUAGCAGUGAUUGGAAUGAUUCAAUCGUAUUGGAUAGAAGAUGGUGACUCGGAUUAA